UUUUGGAAGUUUGACAAUAGGGCCCAACAAUAAAUCCCAAUUCACUACAGAAUCAUUAACCAAUAACCAACGAAGCCAAAGCUAACUCCGGCGAGAUACGCCACCUCCUCCGACCAUCCCCACCACCCUCUAUCCCAUUCCCGUCCCAACAAUGGAGUCGCAAUCUUCAAGAUCUGAAUCACAAACAGACCCUCUCAACAACCCAGCCACCAAAAUCCCGUUAGACGGACUCUGCCACGAACUUCACUCCCUCCAAGACCUAGCCAACCGCGGCGCGUGGCGUUCCAUCAUCGACAAAGUCUCACGCGCUAGAGCCCUCUCUCUUCUCCAAAAACCCCACGACCACGUCACCUAUCUCGCCUUCAACGCCCUCGCAUUCACCAAACUACGUCGUUUCAACGAAGCUUCUUCCGAACUCGAUUCCGUCGAAGAUCUCGAUAGUUCACACUACCAAUACGAAACCUACCCUAAAAUCUACCCUAAUCGUGUCGGAUCUAUGGUUCCUUUUUCCCUCCGGUGGCUUCACGCCCUAAUUCCGAUCAAAUUAGGUCAACGACAACAAGGAAUCGAUCGGUUAUACGGUCUCCUCGAUUUCGUGCGUGAGAAGAUUAUGACCAAGGAAAACAACAACCUAAGCGAUUCGGUUCGUGUUUGGAGAAAAAGAGAGGUUUUUGUUGUGAAUUGUAUAAUUGGUCACCAUUUGAGUCACAAAGAGUUUGGUGUUUGUUUAAGCUUGAUGAAAAGUUUACUUUCUCGCAAUUCUUCUGAUCCUUAUUUGAUUUCACAACUUGGGUAUAUUCAAUUACAAACUGGUGAUUUGGAAGGUGCUAAAGCUUCGUUUUUGAAAGCUGAAGUUGAUGGGAAGAACAAUGGGUCAUUGAGUGAGGUUGAGUUUAUGAAUCUUGUGAAUAGAAACAAGGCUUUGGUGUAUAUGGUUGGGAAGGAUUAUGUAUCUGCGGUGAGGGAAUAUGAAGAGUGCAUUGUAAGGGAUCAUACUGAUAUAGUGGCUUUUAACAAUAAAGCUCUUUGUUUGAUGUAUUUGAGGGAUUUGUCUGAUUCAAUCAAGGUGUUGGAAAAUGCUCUGGAAAGGGUUCCUACGGUUGCGCUCAAUGAGACCCUUGUUGUUAAUUUGUGUAGUAUGUAUGAGUUGGCUUAUGUGAAUCACUCGGAUAUUAAGAGAACACUUAGUAGUUGGAUUGCUCGUGUUGCUCCGGAUGAUUUUGAUGCGACGUGUACUCGGACAUGAUAAGAAGAUACCAUAGGAAGGGGGAGGUUCAUGAUGCCUCCACAGGAGUAUCUGUUUGCCUAAAAUUCCAAACUCCUAUCUCUUGCAACAUAAUUCUUAGUAAGGAUUAUAAGCCGAUGGUUGAGAGUUUAGGAUGGAAGAGCUUUAGGAAAAAGGAAGACGGGGUGAGGACCCAAAUUCCAACCCCAAAAGGAAAUGGAUGAUGAUGCUGGUAGUCGAGGGCGGGGUGGAGAAUGCAAAAUCCGCCCCCAACCUGAACUGUUACGAGUCUAAAUAUUUGAUCACAUGUCUAUUGGCAUGAAUUCUAAGUUUGUGCUUUCAUCCCAAUUCGAUCCAUAACGUUGCAUGACAGUAUCAACCUAAUUGCUCAUAUUAUCAAUAUCCUAAUUGCUCAUAUUAUCAAUAUUCUAAAAUGAUUUAUUAUAAAAUGUAUUGACAAUUUUGGUUUUGUCCACGUCAGUAUGAUUUAGAUUUUCAUCGUAUGAAUGUUGUAUAAGUUUUUGUUUGAAGUCUGUACCUUAUUUAGGUCUAUUGUUAUUUGAAGUCUGUACUUUAUUAUUGGACAAAGCUUUUGUAAUGCAGUAACCUUUUUUGUUUUUGUUUU